AUGAUUCAGGACAACUUGGAGUACGAUGAGCAGAAACGUUGUUGGAUAACAAGCUAUCCCUGGUUAGUUAACCCAAGCAGUCUUCCUGAUAACUACAGUGCUGCUUUAGCCACACUGCGAAACACCGAACGAACUUUGUCUCGAGACAGUAAAUGGGCUGAAACCUACAAAGUUCAAAUGAAAGAUAUGGAGGACCGUCAAGUCGCUCGUAAGUUAUCUCCACAAGAACUGAAAGAAUGGAAAGGACCUAUAUUCUAUAUUGCACACCUGGCUGUAGUCAACCCUCGUUCGAAUUCAACUCCUGUACGCAUCGUCUUCAAUUCUAGUCAAAGCUAUCGUGGAGUGUCGCUGAAUUCCUGCCUGGCCAAGGGUCCGGAUGCUUACAUCAAUAACUUGAUUGGAAUCCUACUACGAUGGAGAGAGGAGUAUGUAGCCUUUGUUGGAGACUUGAAGAAGAUGUUUAAUUCUGUCCACCUAAAGUCAUUGGAGCAACAUUGUCAUCGGUUUCUUUGGCGAGACAUGGACACUGAACGUGAACCAGACGUUUAUGUGAUGGAACGAGUCAACAUGGGCGAUUCACCAGCGCCGGCUAUUAGCACAGAAGCGGUUUAUAAGACUGCGAAUUUAUUUCAGGAAGACAGCCCAGAGGCUGCUGUGAUGCUGAAGAAGUCCAGCUAUGUAGAUGACCUAAUUGAUUCCCGUUCCAAGAAACAGGAUGCUCUGAAACUUGCUUUCGAAGCAGAGAAUAUGCUUGCCAAAGGAGGCUUCACAGUCAAGUGCUGGCAGUUUAGUGGCGAAGAGAAAACUCGUUCUGGUAAAGAACUGCAACAGACUGUGGCGCAGGAGAAAAAGUCGAACGAUGUUGAGCGUCCGUUGCUGAAGGGAAAUGAUGCAAGCCUUCGCAUCCUUGGUGUCGGAUGGAAACCAAAGGAAGAUGUCAUCGUUUUUGACGUUACCCUCAAUUUCAGUCAAAAGAGACGCGGAGUACGCAUCGGACCCAACUUGAUGAUCAAUGAUCUACCUGAAGCUUUACCGGAUAUCCUAACCAAACGAAUUGUCCUUCAACAGGUGAUGAAAAUUUACGACCCUCUUGGUUUGAUCUGUCCUUUCACCCUCAUCGGAAAAAUUUAUCUGCGAGAAACAUGGUCCCGCAACCUGGGAUGGGACGACCAACUCCCUUCUGAUCUUCGUACCAAAUGGGUAAAGUUUUUUGUCUCCUUGUUCGAGUUGGAAAAGUUGAAUUAUCAACGGUGCCUUCGACCGCCCGAAGCCGUGGGCAAUCCUUGGCUUGUUAUACUCAGUGAUGGCAGCAACAUCGCCUAUGGGUUCGUAGCAUACAUCCGUUGGGUGUUAGUCAAUGGUAACGUUUGGUGUCGGUUGAUAAUGGCAAAGAGUCGCGUUGCCCCCGUAAACAAGCUUUCGACACCUCAGAUGGAACUGAACGCUGCGGUACUAUCAAAGAGAGGGAGAAAGAUUAUCGAAAGAGAAAUGCGGUUCCAGUUCGAGCGAGUCUUACAGAUCGUUGACUCCGAGACUGUCCUUAAUAUGAUUAACAAGACAAGCACAAGAUUCAAAGUUUAUGAAGGUGUCAGAUUAGGAGAAAUACAAGCUGCUACUGAUGGUGACAUGGGUUGCUGGGCGUGGAUAUCGGGCAAGGAUAACACUGCAGACUGGUUAACAAGAGGACGAUCUCCGGAAGAAAUUAAUGAAGAAUCAGAAUGGUGGAACGGUCCCACAAUACUUUAUCAACCUAUAGAAGAAUGGGGUCUAAAGUUCGGUUCUCAGAAGGAAGAGUGCCUCCCUGGAGAGAAGAUGAUUCACAGUGCAUCAACCGCGGUUGCCAACCCUCCUCUGCUCAACUAUGAAAGAUUCAGCGACAUCAAUCGAGCUAUAUGGGUCAUUGCAAGAAUUUUGGCCAUGCUACAGAGCAAGUCCUUCCGUGGCGGUAAGACGAUGUCAGUAUCAGUGCAACUAUUGAGAGAUGCAGAGAAUUUCAUCGUAAAAGACGUGCAGAAGACAAUGCGAAAAGAGUUAGUUAAAACAGAUCACAAAGGGAGGAAAGGAGGACGUUAUGCUUCACUCAGUCCUGUCUACAGUGAAAGCGGAUUAUGCUUAAUAGGAGAACGUCUGAAACAAUGCAACCCCAUGACUCUGGAUUCAUCUCCACAGAAGCUAUUACCCUCUUCACAUCGAGUCACUCGUCUUUUGAUGCAAAGAGCACACCAGCACGGACAUCGUGGACGCGACGCCACUCUUGCGAAAUUCCGUGAGAAGUAUUGGGUCCCCAAGGGAGAAGUCCAGAAGCGCGUAAGUGGAAAGGCAUAUGGUGUCAUUUUCACAGAUCUGGUGAUUGGAGCGGUACAUAUUGAAGCAGUAUAUGGCUAUGACACACAAUCGUUUCUAAUGGCAUUGAGUAGAUUCGCUUGCAUCCAUGGAUGGCCCGCGACCAUAUACAGCGACCCAGGUUCUCAGCUAGUCGGUGCCGACCGAGAAUUAAAAGAAGCUUGGAAAAGUAUUGAUCGUGAUGCGCUGCAUACAAACGGUGUUCAAAAUGGACUAACCUGGCUAUUCGGUCCUGCGGACAGUCGUGGAAUCAAGGAAAAGUCGAAGCAUUAG